UCUACAGAGUUGUGACAUCUGUGGCCAUGGAGGAAGAACAGAGGUGUACGGACACCACUUUUGCUCCAGACCCGGGGGGAGCCCCACGUGACCGAAGCCCAGAGGAACGAAUCAGCAGACAGCUGACGGAGCAGGGCCGCUUUGCCUUUGCUGCUCUGUGUGCUGUGUCUCUGGGCCAGUUGUUUCCUGGACCUGAAAACAGUGGGUUCAGGGAGCAGUAUCUGCGGGGCUUGGUUCGCUUGCUGGACCUGGAUGAGUCGGUGAUGCCAGUUAUGGGGGCUUUCCUGUCAGGUCUGGGCUUCGAGGGCUCCGACACCUUCCUCUCCAUCUUACAGGCCGAACCACUGCUGGCUGCCGGAGCCACCCCCAUCAUACAGGAUCUGGUGUCUUUUUCUGUCAAAGACGGCCAAUAUGACGCCAGGGCGAGGGUUCUCAUCCGUCAUGUCAGCUGUCUGCUGCGAGUCUUUCCACAGCAGCUGGAGGAGUUUGAGGAAACGCUGGGAGAGAAGCUGAGGGAAGGAGGAGAGGAGAGCGAAGAGGAGUCCUCUCGGCGGCAGAGGAGAGAAAGAGGGCGAAAGUUACGACGGUACCUCCUCAUUGGACUAGCCACCGUAGGCGGAGGAACUGUGAUUGGUGUGACAGGUGGGCUGGCAGCCCCCAUGGUGGCAGCAGGGGCCGGUGCUGUGCUGGGGGCAGGAGGGGCCGCUGCUCUGGGCUCAGCCACUGGCAUUGCAAUCAUGGCCUCGCUGUUUGGAGCAGCGGGAGCUGGACUGACUGGUUAUAAGAUGAAUAAGUGUGUUGGGGCGAUAGAGGAAUUUGAAUUCUUGCCACUGAGCUCCGGGAAGCAUCUUCAUCUGACGAUUGCAGUGACAGGUUGGCUCUGCAGCGGUAAAUACAGUUCGUUCCAGGCCCCAUGGUGCAGCCUGGGCGAGUGCGGGGAACAGUACUGCCUGGUGUGGGAGUCACGUUUCCUCAGGGAUCUGGGUUCAGCCAUGACCUCGCUGUUGGAUGGGCUGGUCAGCAUGGUGGCCCAAGAAGCACUCAAGUACACGGUGCUCUCAGGCAUCGUGGCAGCUCUGACGUGGCCUGCGUCUUUGCUGGCAGCAGCCAGCGUCAUUGACAACCCUUGGUGUGUUUGUCUGAACCGCUCAGCUGAGGUGGGGAAGCACCUGGCGCAGGUUUUGAGGAGCAGACAGCAGGGGAAGCGGCCUGUCAGUCUCAUAGGUUUCAGUCUUGGGGCCAGAGUUAUCUACUACUGUCUACAGGAGCUUGCCAAUGACCAAGGUAGUGAAGGAGUAGUGGAGGAUGUAGUCCUCUUGGGGGCCCCUGUGGACGGCUCUGAAAAGGCCUGGGAGAGAAUGACCAGGGUAGUGGCUGGAAAAAUAGUGAACGGCUACUGCAGAGGGGACUGGCUCCUCGGCUUCUUGUACCGAAGUUCAGCUGCACAACUGUCUGUUGCCGGGCUACAGCCAAUCAACAUCCAGGAUCGGCGUAUUAUCAAUGUGGAUCUUUCCUCCGUGGUGAACGGUCACUUGGACUACAUGCGUCAAAUGGACACAAUCUUGGUGGCAGUCGGAGUUCCCACCAAAGAAGUCCCUGGAGCCUCUUUUGCUCUUCUUCAGCCUGCAGCAAUUAAAAAGGGGACAGUAGAAAUCCCUGACCAAACCCCCAAUGAGCAACAAGUGACUGAGACCCAAACUCAAGCUGAAGAGGCUGAGUCUCGUACAGAGGAAAGUGGAGACGAGAAAGGCCUGGCAGAGACAGAGGAGACGGGUGACGGUUGGGAUAUCCCUGAUAUUUCAGACCUGCUGGACUCGCUGAAUGAUACAGAACCAGAGAGCGCGAGGAACAAUUUACCACUUAUUUCUGAAGAGCAUGCCACUAACGAAGACAUAGCCUCUGCUCUAAAUGCGGCGUGUGACGGUGCAGAGGAGGCUGACCCUGACAAUGAACAGAUAUCAUGGAGCUGGGAUGAUACGCACUGGACGAUAGAGCACACACACACAAACGAAGGCAGCCAAACUUGUACAGAGCAUGUCACAGGACCAGCUGCUUCCCCGUAAAUGCUCGUCUUCUCAGGUUGUUUUCAAAGCUCUGUUGGAAAAUAUUCUUUCCAUUAUCAGCACGCUGACAUGCCAGGGGCAGCAGCCUCAACUAAAAAGCCCCUGAAUGAACUGCAUUGUUGAACCACUAAGUGGUGUUUUUGGACUCUGGUAUAAAUGUAAUAACAAUUUAGAGUUUUGUAAAUUAAGCAGAUUUUUUACAAACUGUGAAUAGUGUACUAAUUUAUUAGCUGAGCUCCCUGUGAGAUCAUAUGCCUGUAAAUAUUAGUUUUAGAGGAUGCCGCCAAAUAGCUGAUAUCUUUGUCCCUCUCGUCCUUCUAAUUUUCAUCCGCUGGCUUGGUUGCUGGGAAUGUCAUCACAGUAAAUUGAAUCCCACCAGGCUGGGGGCAGUGUCUGUCCUCUUCAAGGCCUUUCUUUUCUCUGCUCUAUCAAUGUGAAGCGCCGCCUCUGUAGAGUUAACAGAGAGUUAAGUUACGCUGUAUACUGGCACUGAUAAUUGGAAAUAGCCUGAACCCUGACUGUUUGUGUUUGGCAAUGCACCAAUAUCAGUUUCUUCAACCAUGUUUCAUUAAUUGGCAAGACACACAUAAUUCAAGAUAGAACAAGGGUGGAGCUGACUGAAUUCGUGUCCAUAGACAUUUUUCUGUGACCAUAAUGAAUUCAUUUUAAAUUUGAUUAUUUUCUAUCCCUCUGAGGCUGAAAACUCUUAAAGGCUUAACAGGUAACAUUUCUGCAUUAAAAUGUCGAAAACAACUAGACCUACAUUAUAUAUUUUGUUGAGUUGUGUACUUAUAUUGUCCAAAUGUUUCCAACAAUGUUCAAACUCAGAGAAAUGUAAUUUCAUUCAGGGUAACUGCAUUUCAUUUGGUCGCCUGUCAAUGGCAUCAUAUCCCCUUUACCGCCUCUUGUUGCCUCGAGGGAAACAUCGGACGAUGCGUCAGAGAGCGAGGAAGGAAGUCAGCGACCUAGCUUGCUUGCCACGCUGUUGUUUACUCUUGUUUGUAUUGCUCACUUAAGAUGAAGACAACAACUCUCAUGAUCUCACGCUACUUCACGGCAUCAUCAGACUCCAUCUUUUGCUAUUGUUUGAUUGAGAGACCCCUUGCAGCAGAAAUGAUAUACUCUACAGUUAACUCAUGCCGGGUAAAUCAGUGUGAGUCUCAAUACUGGUCUUGAACCAUUUUUCCACCAUAAGCCCAGAACAUAACAUACUGGCUGAUUUUAUUUCCACAAUUGCUGUUCAGUCCAGGGUGUCGACCUGAUUGGGCAGCAGCAGAGGCAACUCGA